AUGCCUGCUCAGCAAAUAUUUUCAGCGAAAGCCCUGGUCGGCGUCUGGCGCAACCUGCGAAACACGCGCGACAAGAACGACUUCUACCUCACGCUCCAGUACCACCAGGAUGAUGUGCGCGGGUCAAAAGGAAAGCAAUAUGGCAAGACAAACAUAGCCGAGACCACCUCAGAGCUCGAAGAUGGAAAAGCUGUGGAUGUGGGCGGGAAGAGCAUCAGCUUCGUGGUGCCAUGGCGGAGCAUGCAGGCGCAGAGACGAGAGUUGCGGGAGAAGGAGAAGGAGCUCGCCGAAGCGCUGGUCAUGCUUGCGGGCGAGGUCUCCUUCACUGACCUUUCUCCAACACUGCAAGCCUCCCUCACGCAAAACCCUCUCGUCCAGAUCCGCCACCUAGCUGCUGGCAUCAGUCGCCAGAUGUCCAAGGUCGAGCUGCAGAUGGCAGACAACGCGCCCUUCUCGAACGGAAAGAACCUCUACACCGGUGGAGAGAUAGCACGCAAGUUCCUCCCGGCCAUACAAACACUCUUCGACCAGCGUCCAGUCCCACAACGUAUGAUCUUCGAACUGCUUAUGGAGUUGAAGGACCUUGUCUACAUGGGUAUGGCAGACUGCAGCAGAGAGGUGCUCGAGUGGGAGAUUGAUGGCCCGGCUAUUGGCGCUCUCGAAGAGAUGGAUGACGCAUUUGCUAGAGCUGUCACGCCAGUCGUCUCAGCCGUAGAAGACGGGCACCUACAGACUAACCAGUUGGAGCUAGGGCAGAAGAAGAGAGUGCCUCGGCGAAAAGCAUCGUCGCUAUCUUCCAUCACACUCUCAAAGCCACAGCAGCCAUUCCUCACUGCCUCGACCACUGAGCUCCUCUACACCCUCGAGUCGCUAGAGACCACCGCCCUAGCUCUGACACAUCUGCCGAUUCCGAUACUUGACUUCUGCGCGCAUUCAAUCAUCACUUUGCGACGGUUCUCACCCCGCCAAACACUCACUGAGUUCUCCGCAAACAAGAAGCGACGAUCCGGCCGAUGCGCAGAAUAUGCUCGAUGCAUGAAGUGGGCGAGCACCAGCUGGCGACAGGGCGGUGGAUGUAGACGCGGCUGCAAGAACGAGGACGAAGAUCCGGAGAACCUCCCAAGCUGGCACAGAAGCAGCCGUUGGUUCGAUGGAAACGGAGACGGAACACACAUGGUCGGUGGUGGCAGGCCAGAGGAGCUCGAAGCCAUCAAGGAGACCUGA